AUGGGCUGGCUAGACGGCUGGUGGACGGACGCGCCCAAGACGUCUGAUCCUCUUGCAUCCAUCGACCCCAAAGUCCGCGAGUUCCUACAGCGAGAAUCCCCUGUCAAGUACAAUACAGCCUCCUCUACGCCAUCAGAGACGAAGCCUUUUACCGAAGUCACAGCACCACAGGCACCAGUCGACGACUCCGUGAGACCGCUUGUACCGAAAGAGAGCUUGUUCCAAGACGGCCGCUACGCGCACCUUUGGAAGGGGUACAAACCACAGGGCGAGAUCGAGGCCGAGUCCAAGACCGACCAUGAGAAGCUUAUGGAUGUGCUGGAGGGUUACAAGGACCGAAAAUACAACCUUGGUCGCGCGGCACUCGAAAAUUGCGCCAUACAGCAGGAGGAGUGGAUCAACUGCAUGAAGAACGGUGCUUGGGAGGACCGGCUACAGAUGUGCCGAAAGCAAGUACAACGGUUCGAGAGGUGCUAUACCAUGCAAACGAGACUAUUAAAAGCGCUUGGCUACAAAUCCAUCGUUGAUCGGCCGGCGCAUGUCGAUGAAGACAUCCAGAUGCACGCCGAUAGCCUGUACGUCCGGAUGAUCGACCAAGAGAAGGCGAUUAAGGGGGCAGAGGAGCGCGGCCUGCCGGCGCCAGAGUUCAAGAACGUUUUCCCCAAACCAGAGAAUGCAAUUGAGCCCGGCGCCGAGCUGCGCAAGAGCUGGGAUGAGCAGCUCGACAAAUUGCCCGCAGCGGAGCGAGCGACAGAAGAGGCGGCUCUGCGAGCUGACUUUCAAGCGAAGGCGGCUGUGGCUAAGGACGUCCAAAAGUUAUGGGAUGAGCAGGCCGCGGCGCGCAAAGCGAGAGAAGCUGGGGGGCAGACCAGCAUCGCCGAGAAGGUCACGGAUAUCUUUCGGUUCAGGUAA